AUGAAGACGUUGGUGCUUGCUAGCGAGUUUGUUAGCGGCGUGAAUCUCGAUGUCGCAUUGAGGACAGAGAGCAGCUUCGUCGGCGCAACAAAUCACCGUCGCCGGAGCUUUCUCACACACAUCACACUGUAUCUUCAUCACCGGAUACAAGAAACCAAAAUAUCUAGAAGCGUAGGUUCAGAGAAAGAGCUUAGAGAAGAUGAAAGAACAAAGAGGGAGAGAGUGUUUUGUGGGGAACAAGUAGGUGGGAUGAGCAAUUGGUUGUGA